CUUGCAUCCUUUUCAGUUCGGCUAUAGCUGCUAAUGCUAAUUAGGCCCACUUAAAGGUUCUGUAUGUAACUUUUUACAUGUUUUAAUCACUUGCUGUUGCAAAGGGGUGAAAGGAUUGUAACUUAAAAACCAAGACCUUCCUCAACUUCCUUUGUUACAUAUAAAAGCCUGAAGACUGAUUUGUAUAUGAAGGAUUUAAGACAAAUGUAACAUUGGUGCUCGCUCCGGAGUGCCUUCACCUGACACUCAAACACACCUGUCCAACAGAGAGAAAGCCAACUCCACGUCAUUCUCCAUCCCCAUCCCCAUCCCCAUUUUUGGUGCUCUGUAUAUUUUCGUAGCUUACAUUUGCAUCCAUGCUUGCAAUCUGGCACCUGGUCACUACGUUUUACUGAGUCCAGCUCUCACGUCUUGCAUUCUGUGGCUGUGCCUUAAGGCUAUUGCCUAGAAACGUCUCAACCGCUGCACAAUAAAAAAUUCAAGAGAAAAUGCUGUAAUCAGAGAGCAGGUCUCUGCAGGUGCAGACACUGCCACAUACUUCUUGUGCAUCAUAAGUGAUGACUGAGAGUGGACUUUUAUAUGAAGCAAUAUAAUCUUUUUUAUGAAGUUCGGUUUGAGUGUGAACUAUUUGUUUUAACUAUUUAAUUCAGUUUUCUUUUUUUGGCCACAAGGUGGCACAGCUCUCAAAUAAUGUUAUCUACCUGCACUGUGUGAUAUUACUGUGAUACCUGGAUUGGUUGAAUAAGGUUGAACUGCAUCACAUGAGACAACAGGGGAGAGGUUUUCUGUGACCUUGUUUUACAGGAGUGCACUGGACAUGAAUUAAAUGAUGCACACAGAAGAAGAAGCAGGUUCCAUUUGAAGGCAUUUCUCUUGUGUAAGAUGUGGUUAAUUGGUUUUCCCAUCUAUGACUGAAAGAAAGCAUGCACACAAAUUCAACAAUAUCACAUCAGUACAUGAAUACAUCCCUACUUCAAAGGGUCAUAAUACUGUCAGAAUUAAAUUGAGUGAUUAGAUGUAGACUUUAGCUUUACAAUGGCAAAGUAAACACGACUUAUACCAGUCACUCAACGCAUUCAGGAGAGGACAAAGUAAACCUGCUCAGUCCAAGUGCAAACAGUAAACUCAGUGUCAGCUGCCCACUUCCUACACCUGUGCCUCUUUUUGGGAGAUCAUUGGGAGUCAUGGCACAUUGGGGAAGUUUUCCUUGUAGGCUUUAACCUGGAGAUCCCUUUCUGCCAGAAAGCUAUUGAAGCUUUGUCCCGACUGUACAGUACACGUGACCUCCACUAUCAACAGACUUCAGUCUUCGGGCGGAGCCAAACAAGACAUAAGCCAAACCCAACGCCAGUGUUCCGGGUUAUUCAGGUAAUUCUUCACGCUGUGCAGAAACAGUUCGGAGUAACAACUUAUCGAUCCGUCCAAAAUGUCUCCGAUAAAAGACUUGCAAGUCGUGUAUGACGCUCUCAACGAGAAGGUAACAUUUUCUGCAGGAGACGUUGUCACUGGCACAGUCAGCUUUAAUCUGACAGAAGACACAGAAGUGAAGGGGCUGAUCGUGAAAGUCAAAGGAGACGCGCAUGUGCGCUGGACGGAGGGCACAGGAGACAGGAGAAGGACCCACCAUGCGUACAGGAGGUACUUCAAAGUCAAGGAGUUCCUGAUUGCAGAAACAGGAACUGCACUUCCCAGAGGAGUCCAUCGCUUUAAGUUCAGGCUUCAAAUCCCACAGGGCAACUUUCCGCCAUCCUUCAAGGGGCUUCAUGGACGAAUUGCCUACGUGCUUCAAGCAAAGAUGUCCAGGAGCUGGCGGUGGCCUGCCUCAGCACACAAAGAGCUCAAAUUUGUUUCAAAGUAUAUAUCUCAGAAGGUCAUGUGUCCCCAGACUGCUUCAGUGUCUAAAGAGAUAGGGCAUUUCUCUAAGGGGAAGAUUGAAAUGUCUGCUACCAUCAACAUGAAGGUUUGCUCCCCAGGUGACACCAUAGAUGUUGUUGCCAAAAUCCACAACUCCUCUUCCAAGAAAGUGAAGCCCAAAGUCAGUUUAAUGCAGCAGGUGGUGUACCGUGCAACGGGCCACAGAAGAACCAGUGGCCAGUGUCUUUGGAAAUACGCUGGGGAUUCUCUGGAAAACAAAGAGGGUACUAUUUCCUGCCAAGUGAAGAUUCCUGAUGAUGCCCUGUGCACUGUCGCUAAUUGUGACAUCAUCUCGGUUACAUAUAUGCUCAAGGUGUAUGUGGAUGUCAGUUUUUCCUUUGACCCAGAGGUGGUGUUUCCACUUGACAUCGUUCCCUCUAGCUGUGGUACCUUUCAGCCUAGUGUAGCUCUGGGGCCUUACCCUGCUGCUGCUGGGGCCCCAAGUUACAGCGACUUCCCUCCUCCUGCCUUCCCUGUUGGGCCUUACCCUGGGCCUGCACCCAUAGGUCCAGGUGCUUAUGGAUACCCACCAGCAGGUCCCACUCAACCUGCAAACAUGACAAGCGGCUAUAAUAAUCCAUGGCAACCGCAGGCUGUUCCAUACGGGUUUCCAGCUGUAGCUCCAUCUGCAGUCCAGCAUCCAGCCCCUACUGCUCCGCCUCUGUCUCAACAGGGAGAACAACCUCCACCUUACACAUCGCUUUACCCCCCCAUUCAGCCCACUUUCAGUGGGACAGGGCCAGAUCACAAAUACUGAACCUUUAAAAAGGACCCAGAUAAUCUUGACCUAAAAAAUACAGACAGGUCAUGCUUUAUAUGUACUCUGUUGCGUUACAGACAUCUCAAAUGUGGCUUUAACUUGCAAAAGAACAUGUAGCCCAUUUUGUAGAAAAUACCGAGAUGUGUAUCUUGUGUUGCAAUUCAGCCUGAAAAUACCAAGAUAUGAAUUUUUGUUCAUAUCACCGAGCCCUACUGUAGAACCACAAUGACCUGUCUGCAGUGGUGAAAGUAGAUUGACAUAGUUGCUGGUACUGCUACCCCAGCCUUCAUCACUUCAUACUGUUGUCCUGUUGUUUUUUAAUGUCUGUAUGGCGCACAAAGAAAUUAGAAUAGCAGAUGAUUUACUUAAAUGUUGUAGGUGCCACAGAAUAAUUUGUGAAUGUUGGCAAAACUUUUCAAGUCAAUUUGCUUUCCUUUAAAUUCGAGGAAAAGUACAACUAAAUUUAUCAACAAUAGUUGAACAGGUUACAGGUCUCUGUCUUUGAAUUUUCAGAACAUUGAGCACAUAAAUAAAGUUUUCUAAGAGAGAAAUCAUUAAAUAUUUGGGGAGAGUACACUUUAUUAGCAUAAUUUCAUUGAACAUGUUUUCCAAUGAAAAUUCCCCAAAAUUAUGCAAAAGCAUAUUUUUUCCAAACAUGUUGCAGUAUAGCCAACAGGGACCCAUUAAUGUGUGAAGGGAUUUUUAGGACUCUACACCUUAUAAGAGAAAAGCUAUUGAGUAGUUGUUUUUUCUUUCGGUGUUGCACUUUGUAGACAGUCCCUGCACAAUUGUCCCACAGCUGGUUGCACAUAGAGAGCAAUGUUAUUUAUCCAGCUUGGACGAAGGCUCGUUUUGAUGGAAAUUGGAUUGUAGCUUGUCGUCUAGUUUACUGUGGGUGGAAGGAGGUAUUGUUUGUGUUUUAACAACAUUUGUUUAUGAUGUAUUGAUCUGGGAAGUUUUAAAUCUGUGAAUAUCUUUCCAAAAAUACUGAAAUGGUGUGGUCAGGCAGCUGCGUGUUUUCACUUGCUUCCUUACUUUUAAUACAAAUGUUUAUUCAUUUAUGGCAAUGCACUUUAACUGAAGUAGUUUUCUUCUCUAUGCAAGCUUAAAGUUGACCAAGAGGGAAGCCAACACAUUAAAAAGACCAUCACAACUUGGUCUACUCCAUCUUAGAGUGGUAUGUUUUGUCUCCCCAGUGCAGUUCCCAAAGAUCACAGGAGUAGUGAUGAAAAGAUUGGUUCUUUUAAGAAAUGCAAUUUGUGGCAUUCACUUGCCACUAGCAAACCGACUCAGGAAGCUCUAGCUGGCUAGCUGGGAGAUGUGCUUGAGCUGCAAUUAUACUGCGUUCCACAAGCUCUCUCAGCUCUUUUUGUCUAAUAAGUACAUGAAUUAACAACUCCGUUAAGUGCCACAACCUUAUAAACACCAGCAAAACAGCCGUCACAAAUGUGCCUUUCAGUCUUUUGGUCUGAAUCGGCUACCUGGCAAUAACAAUAUUUUACCAUCUCUGUUAUAUGGUGGUUGAUCUCGCCCUCUGUUUUCCCAAUUUAUUGACAUUUUUGGCAGCUGUUCAUCUUCUUUGAGUUAGUUACUAACUGCUGCUAGGUGCUGCUGUUUAAAUCACGCACAGCUGGCAUAACACACAAUCGAAACAUCACACCUGUUCUGCCCAUUGUCCUGUCUUGCCAGCGUUUCACAAGUGCCGUCCACUUUACACAGACACCGAUUUGGCACUGGUACUACCCCAUUUUUGACUUAUGACUUAAGUCUGUCUACUGAUUCUGUUAACAUACCUUUUAUACAGAACAGCUAGGUGGCGUAAUGGUGUGACAUUCCUACUUUGAACAGGCAGUGUAAAAGGUACGAAAGAGUCAUUAGGAUUAAUAUGAGAAUCUAACAGCAGGAGAGUUUUUCCAAAGUUCUCCUGUAGUUGGGCCGGUUUAGCCCAAAAUAGGUGUGACUACCUUUGUUCUUGACCGUUUUGUGUGUCCCUUGACCCGUACAUAUGUUAUUUUACAUAUUGCAUUAAUAUUGUUUUAUGUAUAUGCAGGCAUUUCUUGCUUCCUUUUCAUUUGGCUGCUGCUGGUAGUGAUAAUUAGGCCCACUGAAGAGCAUUGAGUGUCUGCCGUGUUAGAGUCCAUCUGUGUAGAGCCUGUGCUUUAUGUAACUACAUUCAAUGCGCCUCUGUGCUGUCAUUCUCAUUUGUAAACUUGUUGUAUUGUAUAAUUCACAUUUAUUUUGUAAGUCUAGUCAGUAAGGUUUGUACUUGUAUUCAUAGCCUGUAGUCAUGGUAUGAGUUGUGGGUUAUAUAGCUUUAAACAACUUGAUUGAUAAUUGCUGCCUUUAGUGGGAUAAUUCAGCGUGGGCAUCUGGCACCAUUGUGGUACCACCUUGUGGCAGUGCUGUGUAGUAGUGACUUGUUAAAUGGUUUGUGUUGUGUUUUUCUUACUCUGUUUUUAUUCCUUCCUUUUUCAAAAACCAUAUACAUAAACUAAAAAGUUAUUCUUGUAUACUAUGUCAACCAACACUCAGCAAUAAAGUGUUUCAACUGGAACUAUUGUGGGACUAUAAUGAGAUUUGAUGCGUCACUCCAGUGGUGAAUGGUGAUUUUCCAGAACACGACUUUUUGAGAGGAGCCACAGUCAGCACACUACUACUUUUUUUUUUUUGCGAAGGAUAUGUUUUUCCACGGUCAGUUGUUUCAAAUGUUUCACAAAGAAGAAGUUUGUAAGAAAUGUAUGUGAAAAGAGGACUUCUGUUUUUUUGUCGGUUAAACAUGACAUGCAAAAAACCAGCAGUUCCUCAUCCAGUGAGAUGGCGCCCAAGUUCAGUUUGUGGUGGCAAUACCAAACAUGAGGGCAAAGUUAUGUAGUUGACCCCUGUGUUAGAUCUCAAAAACAGAAGGAUGUCAGGUGUGCAAUAAAAUGUUCUCCUGAUCUGA